GCGCCAGGUAGCCUUCAUCAUCACCGUCAGGCACCCUCUUGGCCGCCUCGUCUCGGGGGACAAGUUCCUGGGCGGUGCACCCAUCUCCGAGUACAACGGGGCGUGGCGGCGCGCGACGGGCAGCAGCGAGUCGUGGUCAAAGCGCUGGCAGGACUACUGGCUGCCGUGCCUCAUCGCCAGGGGCUCCGUCGCCCUGCCGAAGCGCUGCCUGCCGGACCUCAAGGGGCCCUACAGAAGCAACCUGGAAAGGCAGCAGAUCUCGAUGUGUCUUGUGCGGAACUGCAACCAGACGGCAACGGAGACGUACAGGAACGCCGUCUUCACGUUCAGAGAUUAUAUCCAGAUGGUGCUGUGGUCGCACGAUCAUGGCGUCAUGAACGUGCACUUCGCACCCAUCGCGAGUCUGUGCGCCCCGUGUAACAGGACCUACGACUUCAUCGUCCACACGGAAACCCUCUCGCAGGACGUGAAGGAACUCUUCGGGUUCCUGGGCGUCCCUUCGGAGGUACAGAUGAAGCAAAAACACUUGUCCCACGACUCCACGCAGGGCUCGAGCGACGCCCUCUUCGCCGCCAUCCCGAGAGAGAGCCUGGCGAGGGUUCUGAGCAUCUACGAGCCGGACUUCACGCUGUUCGGUUACACGUGAUCCGCAGAAAUGACCGCAACCUGGGACGUCAGAUACAAAUAAAAGUAUAGAGCUCUGUUAGUCUCGUAUUCAUUAAACAUUAAAUUGGUCUUUUAUUAGCACAAAUAAAUACUUUACUUUUCCUUUACAUUCCUUCCUAAUUCUGCGUCAUAUUCACAUGUUGAAUACGCACUUGCUUUGCAAUUUUAACCGAUUCUUUAAACUCAAAAAGAGCAAUCAGGCCAUACUCAAGCCCGACUCGAGAUUUGGCACGGCGGCGCCAAUGCGGAUUUACUGACGAUGGCGAACUUCAGAUUUAUGGAAAUUCGGUCACCAAGUGCGAGGCUCGUCUGAAUGUCAUGAAUAAUUCCGACACAUGUAUUCAUUUAGCAAUU